UCAUGCUGCUGCCAGGUCCAGAGUCUCUCAUGGGUCCCUGUACGGCCUCCCAUUGCUGCUGUCUCCAUCGCCACACUCUGCCAUGUGCCACUUUCAGGUCUCCUCACACUGCUGGUGUGUUCCAUUUUUUGUCAUAGGGUGCUGGCAGAUUACGGGCCUCCUAUAGCUGCUGCCAGGCCCCUAAUCUGCCAUGGGCCCCUAUACCGCCUCCUCAUGCUGCUGCCAAGUCCAGAGUCUCUCAUGGGUCCCUGUACGGCCUCCCAUUGCUGCUGUCUCCAUCGCCACACUCUGCCAUGUGCCACUUUCAGGUCUCCUCACACUGCUGGUGUGUUCAAUUUUUUG